GGGCCUCUGUGUGUGUGUGUGUGUGUUUCUGUGUGUGUGUGUGUGUUUCUGUGUGUGUAUGUGGGUGUUUGUGGGUGUUGACAGUCAGUGUCACUCGGUCAGCUGAUUGCGGGACGUGAAGCUUCUUGGCUCGUACAGCUAGCUAGCUUAGUUAGCUUAGCCUAGCUGGAGGUUUGUUUUUGUGAACCCGUUCCUACACAGUGUCCCCUCGCCUGUUUUUACCAGGGGAGGCAGAGAUCAGUCAGGCAGGGAGGGAAGGGUGAAGCUGAUCUCCGAGUAUCUGCAUUGCAGCCCCGGCGCUGCUGAUGGAAUUCAAACACACAACAAUGGCGACUCCCAGUCCGAACAACUCAACAACACCGAGCAGCCACAACAACAGCAGCAGCAGCAGCAGCAGCAGCAGCAGCAGCAUCAGCUCUUCAGGACCCGCAGCGAACCUUCUCAUGCACCAGUCCCAGUCCCAGCACAUCACCACGAUGAGCAGCCUGCAGGAGUCCAACACCUGCUGGAGAUGUCAGAGUGAAACAGGGUUUCAGAUAAACCUGUCUGGAGCUCCCCCAAGUAAACGUAAAGCCCUGAAGCUGAACUUUGCCAACCCUCCGAUCAAACCCACGACUAGAUUCACACUGAACACGGCCGGGCCGCCCUUUCAGAACCCGCACAUAGAGCGGCUGAGAACACACAGCAUCGAGUCAUCAGGGAAGUUGAAGAUCUCCCCCGAGCAGCACUGGGACUUCACAGCCGAGGAUCUCAAAGACCUGGGCGAGAUCGGCCGAGGAGCUUACGGCUCCGUCAACAAGAUGGUGCACAAGCCCAGCAACCAGAUCAUGGCGGUGAAGAGGAUUCGGUCCACGGUUGAUGAGAAGGAGCAGAAGCAGCUGCUGAUGGACCUGGACGUGGUGAUGAGGAGUAGUGAUUGUCCGUACAUCGUGCAGUUUUAUGGCGCUCUGUUCAGAGAGGGUGACUGUUGGAUUUGUAUGGAACUUAUGGCUACCUCGUUAGACAAGUUUUACAAAUUUGUAUAUUGCUCAUUAGACGACGUGAUUCCAGAGGAAAUAUUAGGGAAAAUAACAUUAGCUACUGUGAAGGCACUAAACCACUUAAAGGAAAACUUGAAAAUAAUACACAGAGACAUAAAGCCAUCAAACAUCCUCCUGGACAGGAACGGGAACAUAAAGCUGUGUGACUUUGGCAUCAGCGGUCAGCUGGUGGACUCCAUCGCCAAAACCAGAGAUGCAGGCUGCAGGCCAUACAUGGCACCGGAGCGAAUAGACCCCAGUGCAUCCCGGCAAGGAUACGACGUCCGCUCAGAUGUUUGGAGUUUGGGAAUCACACUGUAUGAGCUGGCCACAGGACGGUUUCCCUACCCAAAGUGGAACAGCGUGUUCGACCAGCUGACCCAGGUGGUGAGAGGAGACCCGCCGCAGCUCAGCAACUCAGAGGAGAGACGCUUCUCCCCCAAAUUCAUCUCCUUUGUCAACUUGUGCCUUACAAAGGAUGAGUCCAAGAGGCCAAAGUACAAAGAGCUGCUGAAAGACGCGUUCAUCCAGAUGUACGAGGAGCGCUCGGUCGAUGUAGCCGGUUACGUCUGCAGGGUCCUCGAUCAGAUGCCGGCCUCCCCGAUUUCCCCCAUGUACAUGGACUGAAGCUGAAUGGGACAAUAAGUAAACAAACAAUAAACACAAAUAAAUAAAACACACCAGUCUGCAACAAUAAAGACACAAAAGAGAAAAAAAAGGCAACAAAGAAACAAAACAGGAACCCUUGUGUAAAUGAGCUUGGUCCCCUUAUUGCAGUGUUAAAAGAGAAUUGUAAAGCCUAAGAAUAAAAACACCGCUCACGAUAAAUAUGGUGUUUAUUUCAGUCAUGUCUGUGUAAUAUAUCGACACUUCUGUUUCUCUCUUGUUCACACACAAACCCACGGUCAUGUAAGUAUAUUAGCAGCUCAGUAAAUCAAGCAAUCAUGGACACAUCUCAGUGCUUAGUACAGUGAUUUUAAGAAAAGAAAUGCCUGGAACUUUGUUUUUUUUUGUUUUUUAGAACCAAAAUCAUGUGGAGUAUUAUGAUUUGGAGAUUCUGCAACAUACUGGAAUCAUGCUCUUUGUGAAUCGUCCCCACCUCUUCCAUGUGCGUCAAUGAAAAGCAUCGUGUUUGCUAUCUUAAUGGAACUUUGCUUCUCUGGGUAUAAAGCCGUUUUAAAAGUGUGGUGGUUCGAAUCGUGUUAGACCUGCAGACGCUCGGCGCUGUGAGGCUGUUGUCAUCGCUCUGCAGUGGAUUAAUGCUGAUAUACAAAUAAAGAAAGAGAAAGAGAA